AUGAAAACGAGGCAACGCCAAGAAAAGCCAGUCCGAAGCUUGCACGUUCUUUUCAAUUUCAAGAUGGCUGUGACUCCAGAUAGAACUUUGCGUCUUUUACAAAUUACAAGAACAUAUACCAUUGUUAAAUACGCUUAUUUAUUUAUCACCAUAAUUUCUGUUUUAUCUAGUCGCACGAUAGCUGAAUCUACGAAAGGUGAGCAUUUAUACAGCUAAACAUUUGACGCGCCGCUAAGAAUUUGAAGCGCGUCGAAUCUCAGAUCAUUUCAAUGGCGGUUAUGAAUGAACAAAUUUUGUUGUUUUUUUAUUCAGAUUUCAAGUAUGUGACAUGUGGGAGCGUUCUAAAGCUACUUAAUCCUAAACACAAUGUCCGGCUGCAUUCUCACGAAGUAAAGUAUGGUUCUGGGAGCGGGCAGCAGGUAAGGAAGUUUGCAUAUAAAAUUCGACUGAAUUUCAAAUGAGAGAUUUACACUUGUUGUGAACUGAUGCCUAGCUACCCAGCGUGUGAUCAACUCUCUAUAUCGGUGUAUUUAGUUUUUUUCAUAGUUGGAUUUUUUUGAAGAUUACAAGCCAAACCCUUUUGAUUUGUAAAAUUACUAAAAUAGUAGGAAUUCGUUUUUAUUAAGGUAAUAAUUGAAGCUGUCCCGUUUUUAAGAUUAGGAAAGUUGCCUAUUAUGUUCAGCCAAGUUUGAAACUACAUUUGUUUCGUUAAAUUUACCAAAGCUUGCUGAGGCACGAUUUACGUCGUUUUCGAAAAUGUUCAAAUUAGUGACAAAACUUUGUCUCUAUACAUAGUCAUUGGUGUUUUAAAUUGAGACCUUAAUGGUUGCGUAACUUCCCCUUGGACUGAAGCUUGUAUGUUCGUUAUUAUUAAUUCUCUUUCGCUUUGUCGUUUUCUCAUAGCUAUAAGAUAAAAGAUAUCUCGAAGUUGCUGUUCAGAAAAAGAUAAUUAACAGCAAAUUCAUCUAAUAUGAAUUCAGAAUAUUGAAUUAAGAUGACUGAACUAGUAAAACGACGUGAAACGUGCAAAGUUCUCAUUUGUUCCCGGGUAUUUCAUGGUUGCGUGAUUUUGUGAUCUAAUUACAGGAAGUUUUAUUAAAGACGCGACAUAAACCUGCAAAAACUUCGAAAUGAAAUUACCGUAAUUUAAAAUGUGGUACAAAAAGGGUCGAGAAAUAAAUAAACAAUUUAUUUGAGAUCCUCACGUUGCCUGGUAACAGUUUGUGCAUUUUCUCUGUAAUAUUCAGUAUCUUGGAGUUGUUUUUGUUUGUUUCUCUCCCCGGAGGUUUUGAAUGGAAGAUUGAGAUUUAAUUUACUUGUAUUUUGGAUUUUGGACAAGAUUCAUAGCUGCAAAUGUUGUUUCUCCUUAGAAAACACGUACAUCUGACCUUAGGCUUAGCACUAUUGUCUGAUGAAUGGCUGUUAUUUUCAGUUCUGAUGUUAAACACCCCCCCCCCCUCCCCACCACCCCCAACUGCAUUAUAGACAUACACUGUAUGACUAGAGGUCAUCAUUGAUUACAGAUCCAAACCCGUCACUUACAGAAAUGAAAUUCUACCUGAGAAACAGCCAACAUUUGGCGACGCUACCACUGGUUUCCCCGCCAAACAACAUCUGAGAGACAAGCGCAGAAAUUUCAUACUGAUGACACGUCACUACCCAGAUCUGGGUAGUGACACCUCAUCAGUAUGGAAUUUUCGACUCGUCUCUCAGAUGUCAUUUGGUGGGGAAACCAGUGGUAGUACUGCCAAAUGUCAGUUGUUUUCUCAGCCUAACGAAAUUUGAGUUUAAAGGAGUCCAGUUUCCUAGCCGAGAUGCCCCUGUUAAGAUAAUUAAGGGAGGCCUAUUGGCAGUCGUGUGCAAUACCUCGAAAAUUUGUGGCUUUGUAACACAGGAACAACAAUAUUGGGAUGCUUUCUGAUGCACACGAUUAGUUAACUAGGGAGGCCCUGUUAGGUUAAAAUUCCGACAAUUGACAUGGCCUUUAAAGGGUGAUGUAAGACAAAUGAAGUGGCAACAGCAGCACAAAUUAAAAAGAUGAGUUGAAACUGUGGCAGCAACAAAGACAGGCGCAAAAACAAUGGGAAAAUGUCGAUAGGGACAUGAUUCCCUUCUCAAUACAUGAAACGACGGGUUUUGCAAUUCCGACUACAGACAAGUAUACCUACCCUAAAAAGGCAUAUACAAUGUACUGCUAAAUAUAUUGACAUUUAAAAAUAAAGAGGACAUUUUUCUGCAUGUACAUAUAUGUGAGAAGUGUAUUGUCACUGCUGUAUGGGUAUCUUUAGUCCGUUACAGGUGUUGAUAAUGCAGAUGAUGGCAAUAGCUACUGGGUGGUCAGAGGCAAGACUGAUGCCCCUUGUAAAAGAGGGUAAGUAUUCUACACCAUGGAUGAUUGUAUUCCCUUAAAAAUUGAGUGGAAAAAAGAAUGAACUAUGGCUUUGAUUUGUAGACAGACAAUUUAAAAGACCUCUAAUAUCUGCCUUGAAGACUGCUAUUGUGUCAGGACCUCUGUUGUUGUGCGGUGGUCUCAAUAUUUGUUGUGCUAAUAAUCUCAAAUUGCAUUUGAUGGUACAGUCCGAGCAAAUCUAACAAUAUUGAUCAAAAUAUAUGAUAUGCUUGAAAGCAGAGCCUUUGAAAUGUUUAAUGUAGAUUGUGAAUCUUGGGACAGAAGGUAAGUGCAGGGUUCAUACCAAGUCUUAUUUUUUUGAAGAAUUAUGGAGAUCGAGGAGGGUGUUAAUCGGCCUCAGCGGAUGACACCCUCCGAGAUCUCCAUAAUUCUUCAGAUAAUACAAAGGCUUAAUUAUUGUUUUAUUAUUAAUUCCAAAUAAUUCCUACUCUAAAAACAAGCUAAAACAUACUUACCUCUAUCGAUUUUAAGUUCAUCUUCAAUCGCCCAUUUAUUGGCAAGUUUAAUAGAUAAAGGGUUGUUCAGUACUGCAAAUAUUCUCCAAAAAGCAGAUGGCCCUGUCGAGUUGUCUUCUUGUUGUUCUUGCUCUGUUUUUAGCUAAUAUUUCGGUUAUUUCUUCCUCGUGAAACUACUGAAAUGUUCUGCCAUUUUGUACUCACUACCAAAACGACUGACCUCAUCCGCAGGUCUUCUCGGUUGACUGUUUCGUUUUCUGGCAAUUAUGCUUCACAAUUGACAUCAUUUUUCACAUAUCGCAAAAUUCUUCCAAAUUUGGUUGACACUCACAGUAGCUGGUUAUGAUAAAUUAUGUGUGGGAUUUUAGCCAUUCAGAAACAGGGAAAUAUUAUGAAUGAAUAAUAAUAUAUAAGUUAUGGUAUGUUUUUAUUAUUACAGGAACCCUGUAAAAUGUGGCAGCACAUUGAGAUUACAGCACUUGGCAACCAAGCGCAAUCUUCAUAGUCAUUACUUUCAAUCGCCGAUCUCGCACAACCAGGAAGUGAGUGCAUUUGGUGAGAACGGACAGGGUGACGAGGGUGACCACUGGUCUGUGGUCUGUGGGACAAAGUUUUGGGAAAGACAGGAUAAAGUCAGAUUUAAACAUUCAGCAACGAAAGUGUAAGUAACUGUGUCCCCAUUUUUGAGCUUACUCGAAUUGAGUUUAGCCAGAUAAAUUUCUUUGCUAUUUCUAUCCAUUCAUAAUUGCUUUAUGUGUUUUAUUGAGUUUACUAGUAAUGAAUAUUUUUUAAUCGUUUGUUUAAAAACAUUGAAAAUCACAAUGUGGGAAUUUAUAAACAUGAAUCCUUCACUUUUGCUAUGUAAACAUUCAAUUAAAAUGUCACAAAAUUGCAUAAAUUCAAAAUACUGACAUUUUUAAAAGGCUAAUCACCGACAUUUUCUCUCCCUUUGUCAUGUAGCUAUCUUCAUAUAACAGGGGAUCAGUUUGGCCGUCCCAUUCAUGGUCAACGGGAAGUUAGUGGGUAUAGUUACCCUGAGACUGGAAAUGAGUGGAAAGCAAUGGUAAGGGCCAUGCACAUGACCUUCUGUUUUCUCAGCUCUUAACGGCAUUUCUCUGAAAUAGAAAUGGCAGUUAGAUUUUUGUCACUGGUUACAGGAACUUAAAUUUUGAAAUAAACACAGGGGGUCCCCAUACUUGUCUAGGACAAACAGCACCAAUAUGCAUUAUUAGUAUUUACCCAAUCAGUGAAUAGCACUUUUUGUGUGUUUUGAUUGGCUCCCGUAACUCAGCAAAUCCUUGGCAAUUCACUGUUUUGCAACCGUAGCCAAGAUGGCGUCUCGCUUCGAGACAUUUUUGGAACCUGAAAUUUGAGCGAUAAGUGAAGCAUUGGUACAAACAAAUACCAAGAAGGUGACUAACUCUGGCUUGUCGGUGUUUGCUGGUAGGUAGAAAAUUAUUUUCAUGCUGAAUAUGCAACAAAAUUGUAAAAAUGCACUUGACAAAAUCCCUGAAAUGUUUGUACUUGUAAAUAAAGUUUCUACUAGCGAUGUGUUUAAUUUACAAAAAGUUACUUUCUUCCUUUUUAUCCAACUGAUUUGGUAAAAUUAAUACUAAAACAACUAUAACUAGUACAGGGUCUUCUACUAUGUAACUGCAAACAAGUGCUUAUUUUUGGCAAACUGAAUUUUGUUGAAUGUGCAUCCUUUCUUCUAUUUCAGGAGGGGAUUUAUGUGAAACCUACUUCAGACUAAACCCAAAAGUCAAGGAGAAAUUAGAUGAGAUGUCUAUGGCUUUUUCAAGACCUUAUGCUUUCUAUAUGGGACUAUUUAAAAACAUCCAAUUUUAUAAAGUAUCUAGUUAAUAUCUUUGUUUGUCAGUAUUUUUGACGUCGAACAUUAUUGUAAAGGACUUGAACAAUAAACUCUUGGUAU